UCUUAAAUAAUUUUAUAAAAACAAUGGCAGACGAUGGAGUUGUGCUGGACGACAUUGCUAUGGAUGAGACUGCUCCAGAUGCCGAAUUGGAUGAAAUUCGAAAGGGAGUCUCUAAAAGGAAGGGACGUGGCUUUGAAGGAUCUCAAAAGAGUAAUGUGAAGGAAUAUGAAACGCUUGGUGAUGAUGGUUUUUAUGGGCCGCAGCGUUCUGUUGAGGGGUGGAUAAUUUUUGUUACAAAUGUCCAUGAAGAAGCGCAGGAGGAAGAUGUAAAAGAUCUCUUCAAAGAUUAUGGGAAUGUAUUAAAUAUGCAUUUAAAUCUUGAUCGACGAACUGGAUACUUUAAAGGUUAUGCAAUUGUUCAAUUUGAGACGCAAAAGGAAGCAGCUGAUGCUAUUGCUGGAUGUUUGUUAAUUUUUGUUAUAUGUAGGAACCUAAGAUUUUAA